CUUCGGCAGCCGCAGGUUACGGUGCAGACAUGGCCAAGUCCAAGAACCACACCACGCACAACCAGUCCCGAAAAUGGCACAGAAAUGGCAUCAAGAAACCGCGAUCACAAAGGUACGAGUCUCUGAAAGGGGUGGACUCCAAGUUCCUGAGGAACAUGUGUUUUGCCAAGAAGCACAACAAGAAGGGCCUGAAGAAGAUGCAGGCCAACAACGCCAAGGCUAUGGCUGCACGUGCUGAAGCUAUCAAGGCCCUGGUCAAGCCUAAGGAAGUAAAGCCCACGAUCCCGAAGGGUGUCAGCCGGAAGCUUGAUCGACUUGCCUACAUUGCCCACCCCAAGCUUGGAAGGCGUGCCCGUGCCCGCAUUGCUAGGGGUCUCAGGCUGUCCCGGCCACAGACCAAGGCAAAGGCCAAGACUGAGCCCCAAAUCAAGGGCAAGGUCAAGGCUCAAAUCAAGGCCCAAGCUCAAGCUCAAAUCAAGAGCAAGGCUCUGCAGAACCUUCUGCUGCUGCUGAAUGCGAUGAGUCAUGGAGAAGACGAGGGUGUGGGCAAACCUCUCUGCAAAGAUGAAAACAUUCUAUUGUCUGCUAGCCAUAAUUGGAUGCUGAACUCUUAA